AUGAGCUUUGACGCAGGCGGUCUAGCUCAAAUGACUUACCAACCCUCCUUCAACCAAACUGCUAUCGGCGUUUCUGGUCCUGGUUUUGCUUCUAGAGGAAAAGGAAACCACAUCAAGAGAUUGAGUGUCGCUCCACCUCCAAAGAUUUCUACCAUCGACGAGACACAAGCAGCGAAUCACUGCUCGACCCCUCGUACUGCUCGUGGUCACCUGCUCGCUGGAUUACGAACGGCUCCAAAGUCUGCUACUAUCGCUUCAGGAAAUGGUCUUGAAAACAGCAAGUAUGCUAGUGCUCAGUACAACAACUCUCGAGUGCCUCAGACUACAACUUCUGCUUUCUUUCCACAACAAGCUCCUUUCAACGCAGGCUACCAACAGCACUUCUCUCCGGAGCAAGUUCUGGCACCACCAGCUCUUGACUUUGGCCAUGAUGCUAAUCCCAUGGAUCAAGCUUACAUGGACCAGCUCGUGCAGGCGAAUGCAUAUCUGGCUCAACAGCAGCGAGAUCUUCAGCAACAAUUGCUUAGUGUGCAAAUGCAGAUGGGCGGACUCAACGUAAAUGGCAUGGGUUACAACAAUGGUAUCCAGACUCCAAUCUCACCAAUGAACAUGUACAACCAGCAGUUCCAACAGAACAUGCAGUAUAGUGUUCAUCCUGUUCCUGGCAAUCCUGGUGUCUUUCAAGUCUACAACCCCAUGACUGGCCAGUCAAGCAUCGUCUACGAUAAUACCGUCGAGCAGGAAGUGCCAUCUCCACCAGCAAAUAUCGCUUCGCCCAUCAGUAAUAUGCAACGACGAUCCCCUCCUGUCAUGUCACCACCGACGAUUCGUUCCGUUAGUCCUCCUAAGCAGAGUGUCUCUCCACCUGCAUCUGUUGAACCUCUCCCACCACCAUCUGCCAAUGCUUUCCGACCUGGUCAUCGCAAAGGCGUUUCCUCGGUCGGGAUCAAAACUACUGGUGAAUGGACGAGAGGUAAUGGUCCACGCUCUGCUGCUCUCCCUCCGACUCCUAUGACAGGUGGUUUUGGUCCAGGCCAAGCUCGAGCUGGAGAACACCCUAUCCGUCAACCACGCAACCCUCCGCACCUGAGUGACCUUCAGGAGAAACCUACAGCUAAGCACCCUGGUAGCAAGAAUUUCGCUACACGUCAGAGACGUCGAGCAGUUCACGAUCUGGUCAAAGCUGGACGUGAUCGUCUUUCUGAUCGAAAUAGCAAUUCGGACAGUGGUACACCAAGCAGCGAGGCUGAAUUCAACUUCUCUGUAUCCUCUGACGACCAUGAAGUUCUCGGACGGAGCGGCAACCUCUCCAGCAGACCAAGCAGUGGUAGUCUUGCAGCUAUCGGCUCUGAGCGCAAGGAGAAAUCACGAGAGCGAAGCAGUGUAGGAAGCGCUGGUUCGUAUGAGGCGAAGAGCUUGGCCAGUGACGAGGGAAGUCCAGUCGGCGGAAACAUUAUCGAUAUUGACUCUGGACGCCGCAGAACCCCGCUUCUUGUGCUCAGCAGUGCAGAAAAGCGCAGAAGCAUUGUGCUCUAA